GACGUCUAUUAAAUAUGACGGCUGUCUAUUGUUUUUGUUUUGAUGAUCUCUGUCAGUCUCUCCAGUCUCCAGUAAACAGCAGUCAUGGCGACAGUGGUCCAACCGCUCUCUCUGGAUCGAGAUGUUGCCAGGGCCAUCGAGCUGCUGGAGAAGCUGCAGGAGUCGGGCGACGUGCCCGGUCACAAGCUCCAGUCUCUGAAGAAAGUCCUUCAGAGUGAGUUCUGCACAGCCAUCCGAGAGGUGUACCAGUACAUGCAUGAAACCAUCACAGUGAAUGGCUGUCCAGAGUACCAGGCGAGAGCCACAGCCAAGGCAACAGUUGCAGCCUUCGCAGCCAGCGAAGGUCACUCCCACCCGCGAGUGGUGGAGCUACCCAAGACGGAGGAGGGGCUAGGCUUCAACGUGAUGGGCGGCAAGGAGCAGAACUCACCUAUCUACAUCUCCCGCAUCAUCCCAGGGGGCGUGGCCGAGAGGCAGGGCGGCCUAAAGCGAGGGGAUCAGCUUCUGUCCGUCAACGGCGUGAGCGUGGAGGGCGAGCACCACGAGAAAGCGGUGGAGCUGCUGAAGGCGGCCAAGGACAGCGUGAAGCUGGUGGUUCGCUACACCCCCAAAGUGCUGGAGGAGAUGGAGGCCCGCUUUGAGAAGCUCCGCACGGCCCGGCGGCGCCAGCAGCAGCAGAUCCUCAUGCAGCAGCAGCAGACGCAGAACGUGGCCUCUCACCAGAACCACAUGUCGUUGUUCCAGAAGAAGAAGAAGUGAAGGAAAAGUGGAUCUCAGAAGACCAUCUCGUUUUGCGCUGAGGAAUCCCAAAAGGAAGCUCUCCGUCCGUCCGCGGAGGAAACCAACAAGUAGAAGACUCUUUUACUUACUCUCUCCCUUCCAGUGCACCACCGAUUACUGAGCAAAAAAAACAAGGAGAGCCGCCCUCUGAAAAAGAAGCGCGGAGGGAGGGUGGCUCUGAAAGUCGUCCAUUUUAACUCCCCCAUUCCCCUUUUUAUGAGUUGUACUCCCCACUCCCCCGCUCGUGGGUCUCCUUUUCUUGUGUUUGUUGUAUUCGUUUUCCAGUUCUUUUUGAUUGCUUACCGAACAUCCCUCACACCGUGGCACCUCUGCCAUCUGUACAGUGGCGUUUCUAUUGAUUCUUCAACUGGUGCUCGUGUCUCCGUACGAAUGACCAUCGGUUUCUUUUCUUUCUUUUCUUUUCUUUCUUCUGUGCGUGUCAAACUUGUCCCGUUUUGGAUAAACGUGAACUCUUUUUUACCUUCUAUAUUGUAGCAGGAACGAUUUUUUGUAUCUUGUAGGUUUAGCAAUAACACACAAUCUUCUGCUUUUCACACAUCGCCACUAAAUUCACGAUCGGAGACGUGCGUAUGUGUAUACGGAGUCUGUGGGUGUAAAUCAUUGUAAAGCAAACUGGGUCUUAUGUACUGUAAGGCAGCUUCUGUGUCCAAAUCUAUCCUUCUGUGCCAUUUAAAGGGAUUAUUCAAUUUAAACGUGGCAUGGAUUAUCAUUGUGCAAUAACUACGAUUUUGUAAGCUUCUCCCGACUGAGAUAUAUUUAGAAAAAUAUAUCUGAACAUAAGAUUUUAUGGAGGUUCAAUUCAAACCCUCGGAAAUGUCGUCCUGUUUCCGACAGACAAACAGAAUGUCACCAGUUUUCGUUUGCGAGUUAAAUCCAAAAAUAUGCUAAGAGUUAUUUUUUUUUCAAACAUGCCUAUAUUAUAGUUUAUGGAGAUCAGAGAUUUAACAUAAAGUUGUAUGGUUCCUUUUAGGUAUCACGCAUUCUAUCUGAGACAGAUUAUUAUUUAAUAUAUAUAUAUAUAUUCCUUGCAUAACGGCUGAAUACGAGCACAUAGUUUAUGUCGAGCUGCGUUUCUGUUCUGACAAUCACGUUUCCUCCUUAAUCUGUUCUUAAACUUUAGUUAGAGCGGUUAUUUCUGUCGUCUGCAUCUUUGGUGCUAAGAGCUCCUUGUUGUGGUUUUUUUGUUGUUGCUGUUGUUUGUUUUGCACCACACUUCCCAGAGAUCACUGUGUUGUCGAUUGUUUUCUUGUACCGCCUGGGGUUUUCUGUAGGCGUGCGCUCUUCUCUUUGUUUGUUCACUCAUGACGGCGUUACCUCUAUUUUCCCUUCUUCUAUUUCGCAUAAUCAAAUCCAAAAAACAUGAAACGCAUCACUUCCUGUAUGCCAGAUUUAUUAUUGUCUGUUAGGAACAGCGACUGGAAAGCUUGUCAGGAAGUUGCAUUUCUCAUGAAAAUGUUGCCGGUUAUUCCUUCUCGACGGAGAGUUGAUCAUUUCCAUCUUUUUCUGAUCCACGUCUAAUUGCACAAGUCCAGCAGAGCUAAAUCCUUCUCCAUGCGUUCUACGUUCUACGUUCCACGUUCCAUGUUCCCUACACAGCCUGUUAGCACUACGGUCCCUCGUAUCGGUCGCCUCUGGGCUCAGGUUCUAACGGACCUCGUCCAGAAGAACAUCUCAACACAACAGAUCCCUUUUUGUAUCUUCAAAUCAACUGGUACUCUUUCUUAAUUGACUUACAUUUUUCGAAGCUGAUGGUCCUGUACUUACCGUAAAGAUAAAAAGAAAAAAGACAACAAACUGUUGAUAUGCAAUUGUUAUACAUACUAUAUUUGUAUAAAUAAAUCUAUGUGCUUGUGUACAGUG